AUGCUUCUCAUUGGGCUGACGGGAUCCAUCGCCACGGGCAAGUCCACUGUUUCCUCCCUGCUCUCAUCACCACCAUACAAUCUCCCCAUCAUCGAUGCCGACAUUCUGGCUCGCAAGGUCGUGGAGCCCGGCACCCGUGGGUAUAAUGCCAUCGUGAAGUACUUCGGCCCCACCACCCCGGACCUGCUAGUGGCGCCGUCAGACACCAUGCCGGAGGCUGGCCCAGAUGGCAAGGGGCGACCAUUGAAUAGACCGGCUCUUGGCAGGCGCGUGUUCGGCGACAGUGAGGAGCGGAAGAAAGACCGCAACGUUUUGAAUGGCAUCGUGCAUCCUGAGGUGCGGUGGGAGAUGUUCAAGGGCGUGGUUGGCAACUACCUGAGGGGCCACUGGGCUGUCGUGCUUGAUAUCCCUCUCUUGUUUGAGAGCGGGCUGGACAGGUAUUGCGGAACCGCCGUGGUUGUUGCAGUGAGCGACCCGGAAAUUCAGAUGAAGAGGCUUAGGGCUCGCGACGCACACCUUACGGCCGAGGAUGCGGAAAAUAGGGUUCGGAGCCAAACGGACGUACGAGUCAAGGCGAAGCGAGCAGAGGCACGCGGCAGUGGAAGGGGACUUGUUCUUUGGAAUGACGGUUCAAAGGAAGAGCUCCAGGUGCAGGUGGAUGCGGCUCUGACUCAGCUGAAGACGCAGAGUCCUGGGUGGUGGUCGUAUCUGUUGCUGGCAUGCCCCCCUCUCGCUGUUGCUGUGGCGGCAUGGAGGUUGUGGGAUAAUGCGCGGAUUAACAAAGAAUGGGAGGAGCUCAAGAAACAGACGAAACAGAAACUAUAA